AAUCCGUUUCGCUCUUGAAAUUUCAGGAAUUUGCAAGAAUCGUCUGAUCACCCAUAUAAAUACGCGUUCUCCUUCAACCAAAUCCCAUCGAAAAUUAGAAACUAUCAAAUUCAUCAUCAAAAACCAAAUCAACAAGUUCAUCACCAUCAAGUAUUAUUUUUUGCAGAGAUGUCUUUGAUUCCAAGCUUCUUUGGCAAUGGCCGCCGAAGCAACGUGUUUGAUCCAUUUUCAUUGGAUGUUUGGGAUCCAUUUCAGGGAUUCCCAUUCUCCUCCGCCGUGGGUAAUCUACCCUCCUACGCCGGAGAAACUGCCGCUGUGGCAAACGCUAGGAUCGACUGGAAAGAGACGCCGGAGGCACACUUGUUUAAAGUGGAUGUACCUGGACUGAAGAAAGAGGAAGUGAAGGUUGAGGUUGAGGAUGGUAGUAUUCUUCAGAUAAGCGGAGAGAGAAGCAAAGAGCAAGAGGAGAAGAACGACAAGUGGCACCGUGUCGAGAGGAGCUCCGGCAAGUUCAUCCGCAGAUUCAGGCUGCCGGAGAAUGCUAAAUUGGAACAGGUGAAGGCGGCGAUGGAGAAUGGGGUGCUGACUGUGACUGUGCCCAAGGAGGAGGUGAAGAAACCUGAGGUCAAGGCGAUUGACAUUUCUGGCUAAUGUUUGAAUUUUGUAUUUCAGUAUGUUUUGGUUUGUCCGGUUGUCGUAUAUUUUGGAGUGUAUUUCUUUUUGGUUUUGUGGCAAGUGAAGUAUCACUAUAUAGUAUGUACAAUAGAAAUUCCAGAAUAAAGCCGAACUGGUAAAUAAGAAAUUACAUGUUGCUUUUCAGUACUUUACUUUUAAUCAUUUCUA